CUGUUUCGUUAAUUUUCGUGUACAGUAUAUGUGGAAGCAAAUGUAUAAUGUAAAUCAGAACUGCGUUUAAGAGACGCUCUUCAAAGCUUUAAACAAAAACAAUAAGUAUUGAUUGAUUACUCGUAAAUCAGACUGAUUAUUUAAUAACCGCGGAAUUAAAAAAAAUCACUUAAACAGAAAAAAAUACAGGCACGCAAGAACCUUAUUUUUAGAGGGUUAUUAUGUUACAGAACUGCAAGCACAAGGGAACUUCAGACGCUACAAGUUAAUCUUGAAAACGAAUGAAAAACACAGUAAUUAACCAUAAAAGCAACGGAUGGGGAGGAGGCGCGGAGAGGACUGAAGGCUUCAACAUGGGACAGACACGCACGGACCUCUGCCCUGUUCAGACCUAUGAAACGCACUCUCUGCAUCUUGACGGAAUGCGACUGGAAUCAUGAAUAAGUGUAAAGCGCAAUACUAAAAAAAAAGAUUCGAAGCAAGGUUACUGUGAAAAGGGAAAAGAAUUCCCUUCAGGUGAAUGAAGCUGAGAAAACGAAGUUUACUGUCAAGCGAUCGUUUUAAAAGGGCGAACGGACCGAGCGCACCCACAAGUGACACAGCGCACGGCCGAAGGUUUUACACAGCCCUGCGAUCAACAGGCCUACUUGUUAAGACUUAGUCGCAAAUAUUGAAUAACGCGUGUCUAUUGUCGCCGUUCAAUGCAUUCAAAUCCGGUGGGCUAAUGUGGGGUUGGUGGAAGACAUGUAUAAAGUUUUUUUUUGGGAACCCCGAGAAGCUUCUUCCACCGGGCGGGGAGGCGGAGAUAAGAUGCAGGCUGGGACAACGACUGAGGUUACGAGUUUACAGACUAAUGCAGGAAAACGUGCGUAUACAUACAAUACAGUACAUUCCCAAUAAUGUCAUGGUAAAAAAACCUGUCUAAAAUCUACAUGAGACAUUUUUAGAAAAUUGUAACAGAAUAAACAAUUUGCUGUUUCCAAUGACCACUGAAGUGUUACAGUUUAAAUCUGGAGGACAGCUCGUCUUUCGCCUCAGGAAGUGUUUAGAUAGUUACAGUAUGUUCUAAUUAAUAAUCCAGGUAAUAUUGGGGUGUUGUAUGAAGACAAAACACAAUUAGAGCACAUAAUACAGAUUUUUUAAAAGAGGAAAAACCCCAGAGAAACACCUGUAAAAAAAUAUUUUUAAGGCCAUUGAAAAAUAUCUAAAAAUCGACAAAUUGCUAUGGAAAACUGCAUUUCACUCAGCAGAUCUCAAGACAGGCACUUAAGGCUGUAGUCUGAACGUAUUAUUGGUAAGAUUUGAAUAGUAAAAUAAGAACAUCGAAAUCAAUAUUAGUAAAAAUAACGGAUUAAAAAAAGUUUCACUGCGCCAUUACAUGGUGUUACAGUAUCAAUAAAGUUCAAAAGGGCAAGCGAACACAUCACCUUGCAUGUAGAAAAAUAUACCAGUGCAAAUGACUAACGAGCACAAUGUAAACAAAAACAUGACCCACAAAAAAUGCAAUGCUAGAAAAAGAGGCAAAUUACUUGUAAUGAACGAUGCGACUCAUUCUCCCUUCUCUGCUGCUUCUUAUUGCUACAAAUCAUCAUCAUCAUCACCAUCCUCCUCCUCCUCCUCCACGCAUUAAGGCGUUGAUAGACUACUCGCUGCCUGAAUCAACAGCAGUUUUCCCGUUUCCGGCUCCUUCCCGAAGCGAACUUCACUUUAUUUGGUAGGAAGGGGAGCGCUCGGCCGGCGUCAGGCCGAUUCCCCUAGCAACACGCGCACGAGCGAGGGAGGCUCUCUGAUUGACAGCUGCAGUGUCCUGAGAUGGAACUGGAGAUGUAUAUCAGCGGGUCGUUUAUAUAGCAGAGGCUCCGGGGCACUUGGUGCUCAGUUCAUUAAUAACGACUUGCGGUACGCGCUGAACACGUUGAGACACCAAGGAGCAAGCGGUGUCUCCGAAGAAUACUACCAACACAGAAACGAUUAUUGGAAACCGCUUUUAACGCACACAUCUGAUUUUGUUUUCUUUCAGUUUUCCGUACAUGUUAAUUUCAGAUCUACUUGUUCAGUUUUUUUUCCAAUAACAUUCUGUGAGGAGAGCACCGGUCCUGUACAGCGGGCGAUCAUGCACUGCCAAGCCGAGUUAAGACUCUCGUCUCCCGGACAGCUCAAAGCAGCCAGGCGGCGCUACAAGACCUUCAUGAUUGACGAGAUUCUCUCCAAAGAGACUUGCGAUUACUUCGAAAAACUUUCCCUGUACUCCAUGUGCCCCUCUCUCAUUGUCAGACCCAAGCCUCUGCACUCGUGCACGGGCUCCUCGUCUCUCCGUGCCUACCCCCUGCUCUCCGUCAUCACACGCCAGCCCCCCAGCCUCCCCCACCUGCCCCAGCCCUCUCCCCAGACCCGGGUCCCGCUGCCCCUGCUCUCCCCGUCGCCGAACGGCCUCUCCGGCUCCCGCCCCGAGCCCCCCGCCAGCGAGACCCCCGUGAGCAUCAGCAGCGAGUCCGAGACGGAGCAGAGCGCCCCCCGGCUGAAGAAGCCGCGUCGCAGCCGCACCAUCUUCACCGAGCUGCAGCUCAUGGGGCUGGAGAAGAAAUUCCAGAGGCAGAAGUACUUGUCCACUCCAGACAGGCUGGACUUGGCUCAGUCCCUGGGGCUGACGCAACUGCAGGUCAAGACCUGGUACCAGAACCGCCGCAUGAAGUGGAAGAAGAUGGUGCUCAAAGGAGGCCAGGAAGCCCCCACGAAACCUAAAGGCCGCCCUAAGAAGAACUCCAUCCCCACGACGGAGGAGAUCGAGGCUGAGGAGAGACUGGCACGGCAGGCAGAGGAACAGCAGGCAGCAUCGGGCCAAACGGAGGUGCCAGCUUCCCAGCUGCAGGAUCACAGCGCAUCUGCUGCCGACACCAGCGGCCUCCCAGAGCCGGAGCCCCCGACGCGAGAGCAGGCUCCUCUGCAGCAGCAGUUAGAGAAGCCAUCGUCAAGCUAAAACAGCCAACCCCCAGUUCUGAGGAAAGACUCUAAAUCACACAAGCACUUAGUGUCUCGGAAACACUGCGGCACAACGGACACUGUGACUCGACUACUGCUCCUCACGCCUCUGUGCUCACUAAGGUUUGAUAAAGGCCAAACUGGAAAGUACAGCAAUGACUGGAGGAAGCGACUGCAGCAGAGCACUUCUGAGAAUCUUCCAGCUGUUGUAAUUAACGUCUCCCCGCACCUUAUGGAAACAGAACUCUGUUUUAGUUUCUUACAUAUGACAAACCUCUGCUGACAUCAAGUCUACAGAAUGUCCACCAAGUGCUGUAUAUUUUGCCUCUGCCAGCAGAGCCCUGUGGGUAAUUCCAUUAAGUUCCGCCUCAGAGAUCAGUGUUUUAUUGUGCAUAAAAUAGCACUGCUACUCCCUAAUCUUCAGACAAACUAUUUUUACUGGGAAAGGCCAAUUCCCAGAUCAGGUUUGUCUGGCCUGCAAAGGCUAAACUGUUGGCGUUUGUAUAUUUUCUUCACAUUAAAAAAUACAACGCUAUUCAAGAUGUAUUUAUUCAGAUGAAAAGAAAAAUUUAACUGAUAACAAUAACGAGCAAAGAAUUACUUUCCUGUAAAGUGAAUAAUGCAAAGUAUUAUAUUCAAUAUGGGAAGAUUUACAAUAUUUGAAAGUGUUUUAAUGGCUUAUAUGUACCUAGAUAUGCCUCUGGCUACAGGCUAGACUGGAAUGAUGGGUUUUGAGAUCUUCUAUGUAGAUAAAACAACGUCAAGAGAACAGAAAUUAACAUUGUACUUUAAAACGUGCCUUUGUUCAAAAUCCAAACACAAAGUGACAAUAGUGAUAUGUUUGUCCUGUUAAGGUAUUGGUUUUAAGAUUAUAUUUCUUUUGGUAAAGAUGAUUUGUAGUCUUUAAGAACAAAAGUUAGGUGAUUCCACAAAGAUCUGUCUAGUUUGUUCAAGAAUUCUACUGUUAGUGGGACAUAUUCAUUGGAAAUCAGCAACUUAGAUGUACACAUGUACACUGCUUAGUGUGCAGAAAUGAUCACGCUGUUUGAAUCAAAUGUGUCUUUCAUACCUUCCCGUUUGUAAGAGCUACAAAGGAACAAACGUGGCUUAUUUUCACGCUGAAAAGAAGAAAGAAUAAACACUGUUUUGGUGUCAGGUCAGGUAAAACACCUGAAGAAGGCUCAACAGCAGAAACGUUUUUUUCUUUCUAGCUUGUUCAUUAUCAUAUGUUCAUACUGCACUUCAGCCAAGGUUUCACAAUGCUUUCUGUAGUUUCUUAAGGUUUUAAAUGGCUCCAGUUUACUACACUGAAUAUCAUGAUAUGCCCCAGAGAGAUGUUUCUAAGGAAAACUUACUGUAAUACAGGAUGGUAAAAAAAACAUGAAAUUACCAGGAGUGUCCAACCCUGGUAUUGAAAGGCCAGAUACUCAAACCUGUCUACAAGUUUUCGUUGCAACUUAAUGGCCUAAAGCAGUUCAUCACUGACUUCCCCGAACCAUCACCUGAUCCUCCAACCCACAGUAAAACUGAACCACCUCUGAAAGACGUGUCAUACAUUUUCCAACAUUUAGACCUGUACCAUGCACGGGACAAGCAUAAACAAAUAUCAUAUAUGUAAUAAAGUGUAUGGUAAAGUAAUUGUGUAAGAUAAGUUAGGAAAAACAAACAUUAAAAUGUUAUACCAGUAACCUGAAAUAUCUAAUUUUGAUACUUAACAAGAGGCUUUUAUGGUUAAUCUUUUUGUGAUUGUUUUCAAAACUGUUUUAACAAUGAAAGCAUAAGGGUUUUAUUGCCUCAGUUAAAGCUUCUUAAGCUGUCAGAAGCUCAGAAAUAAGAAAAAUGCUCCCAGCCAGCCAUCAAGCUAUGGAAACUGCCAAACUUCUGAAGGUUAAAAAAUGAUUUCACUCCUAAGGUUGUGGCACUAGUGCUUCAACCAGAGCUGACUGACAACCUACUGUACAAACUCCCAAACAUGAAAGUGACCCGAACUGCAUGUCAGCAGCUUUUCCCAUUUGGAAUAUGUUUUCAUUUGCAAUUUUUGUUUUUUUGUAAAGAACAGAAAAAUCUAUUUUUGUCUCAUAUAAAAACGUAUAAUAUUUUUCUGAUGUAAAUAAUAAGCUUGUUGGGAAAGCUAAUGACUUAUUUUAGAAAGACAAAAAUGUUUGCUGAGAAUGUGUUAAUGUGUUCUUCAUGGUAUCACUGUAAUUUCUACUGUAUAUGCGUGACUGAGUAUUUAAAACCAUUUAAU